GACAUGUCCUCGGUCCAGGUGAACGUGUCCUCGGUGAAGGUGGAGUCCGUGGUGGACACCAACGCUCUGGUUGGUGAAGGUCCACUGUGGGAGGAGACGGAUCAAACGCUGCUGUUCGUGGACAUCGCUGGACAGAAGAUCCACCGCUGGAGUCCCCGCACCAACCAGGUCCAGACCCUGGAGACAGGGGACAUGGUGGGGUUUGCGGUCCAGCGCGGGACAGGUGGUUACGUCGCAGGUGUGGGUCGCAGCUUCGUGGCCGUUGAUUGGUCCAGCCGGACGAUGACAUCACUGGCCGACAUCGACCAGGACAAACCGAACAACCGAUUGAACGAUGGAAAGGUUGAUCCGAUUGGACGACUGCUGGCAGGAACGAUGGGGAAGGAGGAGCGACCCGGACAGGUCCAGAGGAAACAAGGAUCUCUGUUCUCUCUGGACCGUGAUCUCAGCGUGACCAAACACCUAAGCCAGGUGGACAUCUCCAACGGCAUGGACUGGUCUCUGGACAACAGGACUUUCUUCUACAUCGACAGUUUGUCUCGGACCGUCGACGCCUUUGACUACGACCUGGACUCUGGACAUUUGGGUAACCGGCGGGCGGUGUACCACAUGGAGGACGGGGAGGGGAUCCCUGACGGGAUGACGGUCGACACCGACGGUCGUCUCUGGGUCGCCUGUUACGACGGAGGGAGAGUGAUCCACAUCGACCCGGCAACCGGUGUGCGUCUCCAGACGGUUUACCUGCCGGUCACCAAGACCACCUCCUGCUGUUUUGGGGGUCCGGAUUAUUCUGACCUGUACGUGACCUCGGCCCGUCUGGGCCUCGACCAAUCAGAGAGCAGCAGGCAGCCGCUGGCGGGAAACACCUUCAGGGUGAGAGGACUUGGGGUCAAAGGUCGACCGUCCCAGUCGUUUUCUGGAUGAUCUUCAGGACGAGGAGACGAGUUAAUCUGAUCAACUGAUCAGAUUAAUUUAUCUGAUCAACUGAUCAGAUUAGUUAAUCUGAUCAAUUGAUCA